AUGGCAUCUGUCGCGCCCGACGCGGCUGUCUCGCUGCGGCCAGACGCUCAAGCCGCGGUUCCAGGCUUGGCUCCCGCGCCGCGAGCGCACCCCGCCGCCCACGAGAGCCAUCGCGAUGCCGUUGCCCAGCCCAGCAACACCACCAUCACCACCGACGUGAACGUGCUGCCCGCGUCACAGGAGUCUGACAUCUCCGCGUCCAGCAGCGUCAGCUACGCGCCCGCUCUCCUGUCCUCCCAGAGCAAUGUUUCCACCGAAUCAAUCGUCGACACGGAGUUGACCUCGCCUGCGACCUCAAAUGUCUCGAGCCAGUGCCCGCCCUACAGCCAGCCUGUCCCGCCACCCGCCAAUCAGGAGGACGUCCGGUCACCAUCCAGAGCAGUCACGCCCCAGCCCUCGACAAUCAUGGCCGAGAAGCUCCAGAAUGCGUCGUCCGCGAGCCCCAUGGCCGUCGACACUCCCACAAUAUCGCAAGGAACGAAACGAACCGCGAGCGGCGCGGUGAAGAUCCCCAGCAGCAGCGCCAGCCUGAUGACCACCGGACUCUGCACCAGCGUCCCCUCGGCAAACAUGGGCGCGCUGUCAAGCCUGAGCAGGAUAGGAAAGCUGUCUGCCGACUUGAAGACGCGUCUUUCCUAUGCAAUGGUCAAGGUGCAGAACGGGUGGGAGCAUCAGUCGAUCGAGGAGCUGGAGACGGCAGCCACGUCACAAAGGACGUCGCGCUCGGCCACUCAGACACCUACCUCGGCAAAGUUCAGGAAUGCGACGGACGACUCUCCCCACGCGUAUGAUCGACGCACCAGACGCCCAAGCGCGCUGUCCGACCCGUCAGAUCGGUAUCUGGGAACACCAGGCGCGCAAAGGAGCCCGUCAAGGAUCCGAAUGUUUGGUCCAACGACAGGCCUCACCCAGCUGGACCCAACCGACGAGGAUGCGCGCCCCUCGACCGCCUCCACCUUCAGCAGCUCCGCAUCGUCCGCCCCGACCCUCGCCCCGGCAUUAGACCUCAGCCCCACCAAGCGGCAUCGCCGCUCCACAACAUCAUCUUCCCGCCCGCCGCCGCCCAUGCUCGGGUCCCAGCCCCGGCCCGAGGUGCGCGUCACCAAACCUUUCCCCGACAUCCUCGGCGCACCCGCAACGCCGGCGGCCGGCGGUACUACCAGGCAGCCGACAGGCACGACUACUAGUACUCAACGGCCCGCCGGCAUCCUCCGCAUGCCCAGCCAGCAGGCCGAGAUGGACGCCGUCGACUCGCUGCUCUUCAUGAGCAGCAGCCCGAACAACUCGGCGCACCUGGCGCACGCGCCGGGUGCGGGUGCGUCGUCGACGGCGAAUCCCAGUCCGCUGAAGAUGGAGUUUACGAAGAGAGUCGCUUUUGACGAUAGUAGCAGUAGCAGCAGCGAGACGGAACGCGGGAAGAGGAGCUCUGGGGCUGCUGCCGCGCGGGUGCGGGUCGCGUGA